UAACUUCCGGUAUUUACUUCCUUCCGAGAGUCAAGUCGACAGUCGUCUCUGACGGCAGAAGGGCUCAAGUCUGGAGGAGAGAUGCGACUCCGGAGACCGCAGAGAACACCCAAGGAGCUUGGUGAUUUGCCCAAAACGUCACCUCCUGAUGCAGGAAUUCAGGCGGAGUAGCAGAAGCUGAGCAUAAAGAUGGAUUACAGAUAUGAAACUGGACUAGAACUGCUGCUGGCUCACAUGAAUGUAGAGGACAUUAUCAACGCAGCAGAGAUGCUCCAUCAGCUAGAGGAGGCCAGCCAGGAGGAGAUGGGCGAGAGGGAGGAGGCAGGUUUGGUGGAUGAGCAGAAGGACUAUGCUAAUGAAAUUGGGGGUGUUCAGUAUGGGACAGUGACAGACCUCCUGUCUUUUGUGAACUUCCUGUCUAACAUGCAGACAUCAGCCCUGCAGCACCUCAGUAAGGAGAUGGGAGUCCUCCUGAGCAAGAAAGAUAUGGCGAUUAGAAAAGGUCGCUAUCAGGUCAGCAUGGAUGUGCUUUUGUUUCCUUGGAAAUUGACCUACAAGAAUCCUGGCUCUGGCCUUGUUCCCAAGGGUUCCUUUGGGAAAGUCCACCUGGCCCAGGACACCAUGACCAGGAAGAGGAUGGCCUGUAAACUGAUUCCAAUAGAAAACUUUAAAGCAGCCGACGUGGAGUUCCAGGCCCGCUUCCGCCACGAGAACAUUGCAGAGCUUUAUGGUGCCAUGUUCUGGGACCACAACGUCCACCUGUUCAUGGAAGCAGGUGAAGGGGGAUCGGUGUUGGAGAAGGUGGACAGCUGCGGACCCAUGAGAGAGUUUGAGAUCAUCUGGGUGGCAAAGCAAGUCCUGCGGGGCCUGGAGUAUCUGCACUCCCACAACGUCAUCCAUCACGACAUCAAACCCAGUAACAUCGUCCUGAUGUCAGACAAGGCGGUGCUGGUGGACUUCGGCCUGACGGUUCAGAUGACAGAGGACAUCUACAUUCCUAGAGACCUCAGAGGAACAGAGAUGUACAUGAGUCCAGAGCUGGUUCUGUGUCGAGGACACAACACCAAGACAGACAUCUACAGCCUGGGAACCACCAUCAUACACAUGCAGACCGGGAGUCCUCCCUGGGUCAGGAGGUACCCCCGUACUGCAUACCCCUCCUACCUCUACAUCAUUCACAAGCAGGCACCCCCCCUGGAGGACAUAGCAGCGGACUGCAGUGUGGCCAUGCGCUCUUUCUUAGAGCGAGCCCUGGAGAGGAACCCCACGCUGCGGAGCUCAGCAUGCCAACUGCUGAAGGACGAGGCCAUCAACCCACCCAGAGAGGACCAGCCACGCUGCUGGAGCCUCGACUCGGCCCUGGAGGAGGCCACACACACGUUGCAACGGCAACAGAGCCUGCGCCACGACACCACACAAGUUUCUGCAGAAUCCUCUCUUUACUCUGAAGACUCGGGCCACAUCAGGAGGAAGGGGUCGCUCUACAUUGACCUGGGAGCCUUGUCCGGUCACAGCAAACUGGUGACGGGACCCCCCACCUCUGAGUAUAACUAACACUCUUCUACACAUCUGUAAGCAGCCUGAAGAGGUGUUCAGUCGCCUGUUAUCCUUAAUCGGUCUGUUGGGUCAUUAGGUCAUUUCUUCCUUGUUGGCCUUAUUUUAGAGGCAACGUCUACCCCAAAUGUGCUUUUAGAGUAAGUGGGGCUCACAGUAUCACAGUGGGGGUGGAUGGUGGUCCGGGGACCACAAAGAGGGGACUCGCGGGUCACCACUGGACUAUACCUGACUGUAUAUACUAUGACUGGCUUUUUCAGCCAUGGGCUUUGUUAGGUACGUAUGGGAUUUACUGAAAUGUGGAAAGGAAACCCCAAGUUUUAGUCCCUCCCCUCAUGUGCCUCUCUAUGAGUAACCAGACUAGUUAUCUGUGUGGACGGGUCUGGCAGGCCAGGCUAGGGUUUCAUCCCUGGUGAUGCUCUGGCGGGCCGCUACUGCACCUGUCUUCUCUUCCUGCUUGUUCUUGGGGCAUUCUCUCUUCAGUUUUGUCUUCAGCAGGUCAAAUGCAUACUCGGUCGGAUUCAGGUCAGGUGACUUGGCCAUUGCAUAACAUUCCACUUAUUUGCUUUAAAAACCUCUUAGGUUGCUGUUGUUUGGCAAACUCUAUUGUGGCCUUCCUAUUUUUGAGGCUCUUGCUGUGAAUCCUCUGUAUGCACCCUCGUGGAGUCUGCUCUUGAUUGACACACACACACACGCACGCACGCACGCACACACACACACACACACACACACACACAGACUGGAGAGUGUUCCUAGUCUGGCCAACUCUUCAUUUAUUUCUUUGUAAGCACCUUAAUGCCACCAGCCGAGGCUGCCCAAAGUGCAGUACCUGAUAACAUCAUAGCUCAAAUACAUUAAAGUUAGAGACAACAACAAGGCCUUACUAAAAUUGGAUGAUAUGAGACAUAAAAAACACUAAAAAACAAACAAACAAAAAAACAUUCCAAGAAUAUUACCAGAAAAAUAACAAUAAAACCAAAAGAUUACAAAAAAGUAUAAAAGUAACUGGAUUUGUAAUAUUGCUUCAGUUUAGCUUUAGCACUCCAGACAGAAGAUGUUUAAUGUCUAGUGGGGCCAGUAUUGCAAAGGCUCGCUCUCUUCGAGACCUGCAGUUAAACCUUGACUCGACCAAUAAAUCCUGCUCUGCAGAGCGGAGAGGUCGAGCAGGAGCGGACCUUAUUAAAAGCUCUGCAAGAUACGGUGGCGCUGUUCCGGCAAGCGCCUGGAAAACAUAAAUCAGGCGUUUAGUUUCGAUGCUACGCCACAGACACACACACAGAAUCACCUGUAUAUUGUGAAUGGUGUGCUGCAGCUGAACCGUGAUUUGAAGAAAAUCAUGAAUUGAUCAGAAAUGAUAAUUUUUGCCAGAAAAAACGAGCACAUUAUCCUGAAACCAUUCAGCCCUAAAAUGAAGAUGUUUACAUUAAAUAUUAAAUUUAAAGUAUCUUUCCGGAGUUUUCCUCUUUCAGAAAUCAUGCAUGAUUUGUGAGAAAUCUGUAAAAGUGAGUAUCUUAUCAUGUACUGUGGUAUAAUUUGAAGAAGAAAUGAUUUGUGUGUUAUUCUUGUCAGCCACUAGAUGAUGCCAUCAGAAAUACUCCAGAAAGAGGCUUUAAGUCACUUUUUGUCUGUUCUUAGUUACGGAACCGCAUCAAAUGACCAGGGCUGCACUUCAAAUAUAUUUUCUACAGUUUUGUUAAAACUAUUUUUCAAUCAUUAUUGAUAUCGACCAAUGUGAAAUGUUUUAUCUAUAUGCUUUUCUUCUAUAUCGUCCAGCCCUACUACACUUUUCACCUAAUUUAGAUGAAAAUCCCCUCAGACUGCACAUCGUGUUUGUUUCAUUUCAAAUCCAUUGAGGUGGUGUAUAGAGCCAAAAUGUCCCAAUAUCUAUGGGCCUGGCUGUGUUUGCUAUCACAGACUGUACGUUUGGUCUCACAUCAGAUGAGCGUUGGUACAAAUGUGAAUGCUUUAGAUAUCAAAGGAGUUCAAAUGAAGGAAACUGGACUGCUUCGGUAAGCUUUGCUCCCAUAUUCCAGUUAGAAUAGACAAAACUCCUCAGACGAGAAGCAGGAAACCAACAAAGUCCAGUCACCUUCAUCUGAACCCUUUGGAUUACCAUCACCUCCAUGACUGAGAACCUUCACCAGCAUCUGCUGUAGAACAAAGAGCAGGUGUUUGAUGAUGGAUUCAGACAUGCUCUGUUAAUAUUCUGGUCUUAAACACACGUAGAGGCAUGUCUGGUAUGAAGUGGGCCUGAAGCGGAGAUUAUUUUUAAAAUCUAACCUGUUCUAAGUAUUUGUGGCCACAGACAGCUUUGUGGUGACAUUUUUGUAGUCCUUUGUGGACUUCCUCUUGUUGGUUCCUGUGGAACAUUGAACAUUGUGGAACACGGUGUUUACACGGACCUGCGGAACCGGGUUAUUGUGAAUAUUCGGGUUUUAAAAGGGUUACUGGCUGCAUGUAAACGCACUGAUUACUGUCAGCACUGCUGUAUGCUAAUGAUGCUUCUGAAGCAUGCAUCAGUGAUCCGCGUUUCUUGUUGUUUUAGAGAGAAGAAUGUUAACCACUUUAAACAACAACAAAACCUUCAUUUACUUCUGUUUUCUUUGUUUUAUAAUCAGAAAAUCCAGUUUGUAAAUGUCCGUCUUUCUGCUGAAAAUGUAAUGAAAUAAACUCUCCACACCGGU